AUGAAGUCAAGCUUCUCUUUCCCCCUCAUUCUGCAAACGCUCUUCGCAGUGGGGACUUUCGCAGUCACCAAAAUUAUCCCGACAGAUCCAGGCAACGGACCUACCAUCGCGGAAUUUUACUCCGGGGGCACUCCUUUUUUCGAUGGGCCGAAGAUCGAUAUCGUCAAUGACACUUCUUUUGAUUGGUGGUAUUUCGAUGCCAUCUCCAGCGAUGGCACCUACCAACUCACUGUCAGUUUCUUCACCGCCCUGGCCACAACUCUAGGCUUUGCUACUGGCUUUGGGACGACCAAUUUUGUGGUUUUCACCGCUAUGUACCCGAACGGAACUGAAUAUCAACAGUUUGGCUUCGCAGGACCAGUGACCAUUUCGGAUGGACUAUUCGGCAUAAAGGGGAAUUGGUCUAGCACAGGUUUCACUUUUCAGGGAACUACGGACCUAAGCUAUUACAAGAUUGUUAUCGACUCCCCGGCUUUGGGUAUUGAGGGUUCUAUGAUCUUCAAUUCGGUUGCACCAGCCCACUACCCGGAGGACCCCUAUAUACCGGGGAAAAACUUGUCGGAGCAUUUGUCACCUGUAAUCGGAUGGGCCAACGCAAUUCCUGACUCAAUUGCAAAAAUCGAUUUCAACUUAGCCGGCGUUGGGGAGCUAAAGUUCACUGGCUCAGGAUACCAUGACAAGAAUUGGGGACUACAGUCACUCCCUCAAGCAGUGAAGAGUUGGUACUGGGGUCAUGGCCAUAUUGGCCCAUACUCACUUGUGUGGUUCGAUACCGUUAACUACGACGGAACUGAGAACGUCAGCGGCUACCUGGCUCGCGACGGGAGGAUCAUUGGCGUCGGCUCAGGUCUCACAGCCAGACCAACUGGGGCAAACUCUACGUACCCACCAACGAGCACAACUGGUAAUCCGGGCGGUUUCCAUAUUGUGUAUAACACGAAAGAUGGCGUGUUUGUGGCAGAUGUUGCUGGGCAAGUUGCAUGGGCUCCACCCUUGCCGCUCGGCGGCUAUACGCGAUGGGCUGGUCAGAUCACGGGAGGUUUCGUCGGCCAGAGGACGUAUACAGGGUCUUCUGUGUGGGAGUGGGUUCGAUUUACGCUUUAA